UAUCGCAAAUUCUAUUCUCGCGUUUGUUGUAUUGAUUUCUGCUUUAUUUUAAAAGAGCAAGAGCAGACUAAGAGCAACUGCAGCCAUGAGCAACUACCGUGGCAUCGGAGGCGGCGGCUUUCCCUACAAGAAACAGCCCAGCGCAGGCCAUAAUAUGAGUGCGGUGCCGCCGCCGCCGGCAUUAAGCAACAAUCGUGGAGGCGGGGGAUUUCGGUUUAGCUUUAAUCAGGCUAGAGGCGGCGCAGCUGGAGCCGCUACAACCGGCAGCACAUCCAAGCAUGGCUACUCAACGCUGGAGUCCAUCAGCCAGUACACAAACUCCACCAAUUUCGUGGGCAAGCGUAAGCAACACAUGGACGACGAUUACUUCGAUGACGACGAUGAGCCGCAGCAGAAAGCUCCGCCGGAGCAAGCGUAUAUACCAGCGCCUGGGUCUCCGGGCGCGGCUACGCCAGCUAAGGAUGACUCCGAGUCUGACGAGGAUCCGCUGGAGCAAUUCAUGGCCGGCAUCAAUCAGCAGGUUGAAAAAGAGAAAGUACGUGCCACAGAUCCGCAACAAAAGACAAAUAUAGCGCCGCUGGAGAAGAAGGGUGUACGCGGUGACAUUGACGACGAGGACGAUGAGGAAAGCUACUACCGGUACAUGGAAGAAAAUCCCAAUGCGGGCCUGCGCGACGAGGGCUCUGACCAGGAGAUCGAGUACGAUGAGGAUGGCAAUCCCAUAGCCCCACCCAAAAAGAAGGACAUCGAUCCACUGCCGCCCAUUUAUCACUCAGAAAUCGAAUAUGAACCCUUCGAGCGCAAUUUCUAUACCCCGCACGAGGACAUCGCGCAGCUGGACGAGGAGCAGGUGCGUGAGCUGCGUCACACGCUGGGCGUCAAGGUGAGCGGUGCCCUGCCCCCGAAACCAGUCAGCUCCUUCGGCCACUUCGGGUUCGAUGACCAGCUGCUGAAGGCCGUACGCAAGGCGGAGUACACACAGCCGACGCCCAUUCAAGCCCAGGCAGUGCCCGCCGCUCUGUCCGGACGCGAUAUAAUAGGCAUUGCUAAGACCGGCUCCGGCAAGACGGCAGCGUUCAUCUGGCCGCUGCUCACUCAUCUCAUGGAUCAGCGGGAACUGCGCCCGGGAGAUGGACCAAUUGGGCUGAUUCUGGCGCCCACGCGCGAGCUCUCGCUGCAAAUCUACAACGAAGCCAAAAAGUUUGGCAAGGUGUACAACAUAAACGUGGUGUGCUGCUAUGGCGGCGGCUCCAAGUGGGAGCAGAGCAAGGCGCUGGAGCAGGGCUGCGAGAUUGUGGUGGCGACACCUGGUCGCAUGAUAGAUAUGGUUAAGAUGAAGGCCACCAACUUGAGGCGAGUCACAUUCCUCGUGCUGGACGAGGCGGAUCGCAUGUUUCACAUGGGCUUCGAGCCGCAGGUGCGCUCCAUCUGUAACCAUGUGCGUCCCGAUCGUCAGACGCUGCUCUUCUCGGCCACGUUUAAGAAACGCAUCGAGCGCUUGGCUCGUGACAUUCUCACAGAUCCAGUGCGCAUUGUCCAGGGUGAUCUGAAUGAGGCCAACCAGGACAUUACGCAGCAUGUUUACGUCUUUCCUAAUCCCUUGCAGAAGUGGAACUGGCUGCUCUGCCAUUUAGUGAAGUUCCUCUCCGAGGGCGCCGUGCUAGUCUUUGUCACCAAGAAGGCGGACGCCGAGACGGUGGCCAACAAUCUGCUUGUGAAGGAGCACAACUGCCUGCUCCUGCACGGCGACAUGGACCAAGCGGACCGCAACAAGGUCAUCAUGCAGUUCAAGCGCAAGGAAUGCGACAUUCUGGUGGCCACCGAUGUGGCCGCCCGUGGCCUCGACAUUCCCCACAUACGUAACGUGGUCAACUACGACAUUGCCCGGGACAUCGACACACACACGCAUCGCAUUGGACGCACGGGUCGAGCGGGCGAGAAGGGCAAUGCCUACACCUUGGUCACCGACAAGGACAAGGAGUUUGCUGGGCAUCUGGUGCGAAAUUUGGAGGGUGCCGACCAAACGGUGCCCGACGAUUUAAUGGAGCUGGCCAUGAAGAGCUCCUGGUUUCGCAGCUCCCGCUUCAAGCAGGGCAAGGGACGCAAACCGGUCAACAAUUUCAUGGGUCUGGGAUAUCGUGAGCGUUCAGGCAAUGCGGCCGGCGGCGGCAGCGGUAGUGGAGGAGCUGGUGCAUCUGGUGGCGUGGUUGCCAAAACCAAAGGCCCCCUGGCCGAGUCCAGUAAGGCGCUGUCUGGCGCCGGUCCGGCCACGGAUCGCUAUUCGGCAUUGCGCCAAGCCUUUCGCUCGCAAUACUCCUCACAAUUUCGCGCUUCCAGUGAUCGCACCUGGGAACAAACAGUGCCGGAGACGGGCGUCUUUGCCGCACCGCCCCCUCCGCCGCCAGCAGCGGGCGCUAGCUCCGGCAGCAAUCUGGAUGUGAAGCGCGCCAAGAAGAGUCGUUGGAACUGAAAACUUGAAUCGAAAGCAAGCCCCGUUUAAUUUCAUAUUCUUUAAUUGUGUAUUUGCUUUUGUUUCAUCAUUUAAAAUUACAACUUAAA